AUGGCAACUAAUAAUAUUAACAAUGAAUUAAAAAAUGCAGUCUAUAGCCGAAACUUAGAACAAAUUAAAGCUCUUUUGUGUGCAGGUGCCAAUGCUAACUUUAGAGUAUGUAGGAGUGAAAAUACAUUACUGCACACUACUGAUAGUGUAGAAGUUGCUAAAGAGCUUUUGCUAGGUGGUGCGGACGUAAAUGCAAGAAACACUUAUAAUGACACUCCACUACAUUCUGCUAUAAUAGGGGCGAAUAAAUUAGAAUUAGUUAGAGAACUUCUGAAACAUGGUGCUUAUGUUAAUGCAACAAAGCGUAAAGACAACACUCCACUGAACCUUGCUGUAAGGAAAAGUCAUAAAAAUCUGGAAGUAGUAAAAGAAUUAUUAAAAUAUGGGGCUGAUAUUAACAUAAGAAAUCGUGAAAAACGGACAUUAUAUCAUAAUGAAGAUUCCUCCCCUUUAGAUAACGCUGUAGGUGAUCUGGAAUGUGCUAAAUUGUUGAUUAAAUUUACUUUAGUAAGGAACUUCGAUAAGAAUUACAGAAAAAUUAUUGACUUAUCUCCUUAUACCGAAUGGAGUAAUUACAGUAAACUAUCAAGUUAUCUGGAUGACUGUGUUUGUGAAAUGCUUCAGAUGAAAGCAGAUGAAAUAAAAGACUGCGUUCCACUAUAUGAAUUUGUUACAAAUAACAACAUAGUUCAUGUAUUGUACAGUAAUCAAUUAGCUGCAGGACUAGCAAAAAUUGAUUAUUCCAUACGCUAUCCUAUAUAUCAUGAUAUCAUAUCAGAACAAGUAAAAGCUCUUUUAGAAAGAACAGAUUUAUUAAAGAAGUUAAGCCAGAUACAAUUUUAUACUAAAUUAGAUGUGGCAGAUCAAGAUGACGAAGAAAAGAAAAUUAUUCUGGACCAUGAUUCUACAUAUAAUAUAGCUCAAUAUCUAACUAAUGAUAACUUGUUAAACUUUAUAACAGCGUUUGAUGAUUCCAAUAAGCGUACUUUAGAAGUAGAACCGAAUACAAAACUUUAUGAAACUUCUAUAAGUGAUGAUACCAAACGUGCAAGAUUAAAAUAA